ACCUUGUCGAUUUGACACAAACAGCUUUCUCUCGUUGUAUUCUAUACAUUUGUCCUGAGAAUCUUUAAAGAUGUUCUGAAGAGUUGGAUUAUUUGUAAUUCACUUGUUUGGAUUUGGCCCAAUCGUCCGCUUUACACUUGUUUGAAUUUGAAAAUGUCGUCAGAUGAAGAAGAUGACUUGCCUCCUCCUUUUCACUCUGUGAAUAUGGAAAACACAAGAAACGAAAAGAUAGAAAUAAUUUUAAGAGACACAAACUGCUGGAGUUACAAAGGUGAAUUCCAAAGUCCUAUCAAAGAGGGGAAGUUUCACUGUCAUUCGUCCUCCUCGUUAAGGGACGAGAAUGUUGCUUGUUCCAAACCCAGCUCGGACAAUAAUAGUCUGUGUUCGUUAGAAUCACUUAUAGUUUGUCUUAGUAGUAAGGCUCUUCAAAGUCCUUUUGGCUUUAAACUAUACGACUGCCUGAAGAAGGAAAUGCUAUCUCAAGUAUAUGAAGGUACAGCAAUGAAGACAUCCUGUAUUUAUUGGAGUCGAAAUAUAUCCAAUCCUCUCAUAGAAGCUCCUGUCCUACAUUUAUGUUCAGCUGAAGAAUUUCUCGAACAUUGUGUUUCAGAAGAAAGCUUAUUGAACUUUGCACGCAUGUUGAAGAACUUGGGCCAUGGAGGUCGAAACGAAUUGGUUUUGUUUGGACAUGCAGAGUUGAAACAAAAGUGUUGCUCGAUUCGAAACUCACACAAAGAUGUAUCGCAGUUGGAGAGAAUAAAGGUUUGUUGUCUACUAAAGAUAUUUACUUUAUCUAAACUAUCUCCUUAGGAAUUUUCGCUACUACUAUAUGUAAAGGAAUUUAUUCAUUGCAUAUGGAUGAAUAACGUCGAUCAAGUCGCAGCUUAUAUUAUGCAUAUAACGAAGGCUGCAGACAGCCUUUUGAGAAAGUGAGGCUCGAGAAUUUUUUUUGUGUCUUAUCUAGUUCUCAAACGUCAACCCUUUUUUUAGAGGACCUAGAGAAAGAACGAAACUAAGUGAGUUUGGGAACCGCAGGAGAUUUGCAGAAGCAUCGAAAGCUUCGAAAAAUUCUUUAAGAGAUAUUUACAAACUGAUCCUGGAAAGAACUUUGGGACGCCGAAGCAAAGCAGUUGAAACAGUUAUUGCUGUAUACCCAACAUUGUAUCAUUUGAGAACUGCCAUUUCCAAACACAAUGA